AUGUUAUUAAAAUCGUUGUACGGCGUCUCGAGGUUUGGUGUCCGAUUCUAUAGAAAACUAAUUGACCCUUUGGACCUUUUGACCGGCAUCGAGAAACGUGAAUUACUCGCGCAUUUAGCGGGAGAUUGCGAUCCAUUCCGUAUUCUUUCCAUCAAGAAAGGACCCGGAACACGCGAGCGUCCGAACUUGAUACCCAGCUCAAACUCAUCUCGUCUCAUUUGCUGUCAUUGUACCGAGUCGGACAACCAUCUGAAAUUUAUGUGGCUACACCAAGGAGAUCCAAAACGAUGCGGCUGUGGAUACUGGUUUGAAUUAUGUCCAAUUGCACCGCUUUAA